ACUUCACGCUCUUUCUCUCUCGACAAGAUGGCCUCACCGGCGGUACCGGCGACCGCUCCUGCCGCCUCUCCAGCCCCAGCCACGGCUGCAGCCCCAGCCUCAGCCCCGGCCCCGGCCCCAACCUCAGCUCCAGCGCCGGCUCCGGCUCCAGCGCCGGUUCCAGCGCCAAGUCCAGCUCCAUCCUCAUCCCCAGACCCGGCAGCAGCAGCGUCUGUGACGGCGGCUCCGGGCCAGACCCUUGCCUCGCCGCCAGCCGCAGCGCAGACCCCGGCGCAGUCGCUGGCUAGUCCUGCUCUCCCAGGCCCCUUCCCCGGCGGCCGUGUGGUCCGAUUGCACCCUGUCAUUUUGGCCUCCAUCGUGGACAGCUACGAGCGACGCAACGAGGGCGCUGCCCGAGUUAUCGGGACCCUGCUGGGAACUGUUGACAAGCACUCAGUGGAAGUCACCAAUUGCUUUUCAGUGCCACACAAUGAAUCAGAAGAUGAGGUGGCUGUUGACAUGGAAUUUGCCAAGAACAUGUAUGAAUUACACAAGAAAGUCUCUCCAAAUGAGCUCAUCCUGGGCUGGUACGCUACAGGCCAUGACAUCACAGAGCACUCUGUGCUGAUCCAUGAGUACUACAGCCGGGAAGCCCCCAACCCCAUCCACCUCACCGUGGACACGAGCCUUCAGAACGGCCGCAUGAGCAUCAAGGCCUAUGUCAGCACUCUAAUGGGCGUCCCUGGCAGGACCAUGGGGGUGAUGUUCACACCCCUGACAGUGAAAUACGCGUAUUACGACACUGAGCGCAUUGGAGUGGACCUGAUCAUGAAGACCUGUUUUAGCCCCAACCGGGUGAUUGGACUGUCGAGUGACUUGCAGCAAGUAGCAGGGUCCUCGGCGCGCAUCCAGGACGCCCUCAGCACUGUGUUGCAGUACGCAGAAGAUGUGCUGUCAGGAAAGGUGUCAGCUGACAAUACCGUGGGCCGCUUCUUGAUGAGUCUGGUUAACCAAGUACCCAAGAUAGUUCCCGAUGACUUCGAGACCAUGCUCAACAGCAACAUCAAUGACCUGCUGAUGGUGACCUACCUGGCCAAUCUUACACAGUCACAGAUUGCGCUCAAUGAGAAGCUUGUAAACCUGUGAAUGGGCCCCAAGCAGUACGCCUGCCAUUCUGGGCCCAGCCCUAGGACUCAGAAUGGAGUGAAGUAGAAAUGGCUUCUUGUGGUUUGAGUCACACUGAGUCAGUCAACUGCUUGUGACUCUAAAUAAACAUAGCCUAACUUUUGUAAAUGAAUUCCAUCUUACGUGAGUUUACUGCCGGGUGGAAAGGAGAAAACUAGUCUGGAGCCCAUGCAGAAACCAAGAAAUAAGUGCUCUGGGUAGAAGUUGGCUGUGUGUUUGACAUGACUUGUCAUCAGUAGUUGCACCCACAGCCCAAGCCACUUUGGCCUCAUCUGACCCCAGACUAGAUCGCCUCCUUGGCCGACUGGUUCACAGGGGCUCUUUCUCCCCACCCUUUUUACUUCUGCUCAGAGCAAACUGGACCUCCCAAGAAAUUGUUCUUUAUCACUUCUCUUUCACAGCCCUUAUAUGGAUGCAGUAUGGGUUGCCUUAUGCACAGUUUGAAGUACUUAGAGAAUAUGCUAGUGAGUGAGGGGAAAGGAGAGAAGGGCGUGGAUACACAGCUCAGUCCUGGGACCCAUGAGUCCUGGUAGAAAGGCAGCCUUCUCCACGGUGAGAAUUAACAGUGCUUUACUGAAUUUUUUCUCUUGGUUUUCAGCCUGGAAAGGUGUCCACUGACAGUAUUGUGAACCAUUUCUUAAUGGGUUAUGUGGUUUCCGCAGGAAAUGGAAAUGAGAAUCCAUGCAGGGAAAAAUUGAGAGAAUUGGAUACUUAAUCUCAACUGAGAGUAGCGGUGUGAUCAAUGUUUUAUUUAUUUAUUUAUUUUUUAGCUGAGCCAUCCUGCCACCUGUUGGCAGCUCAGCUCAGGCAUCGAACCACUGUUGCUCAGAGCUCAAACUCUUGAGCGAGCUCUUAACCAACUGAGCUGGCCCUUGAUUAAGGUUUUAAAAUGCUUGGAUAAUAGGAUAAAGCUCUUUGCCACUGUGGUUCAGGGAGGCAGAAUUAGAAUCUCUAGGUUAAGUUUUUCCCCAUUUUAGUGGGGAAAACAAAAGGAAAUGAUCAAUUGCAAAACACUAGAAAUGAGUGUGGGGUCUAAUAUUUAAUGAGCACCUACUAUGUUUGGGGACAGUUUAUAAUUUUUAUAUUACAGAGGGAGCUGGGGUUUAGUUGAGCACAUUACUUGAGGUUACACAAUUAGUAAGUGAUGAAACAGGAUUUGAAUCCAGGUCUGGAUUUUAUUUUCAUGUGUGGUCCUCUGCUUCACAGUUUAGUGGCCCAGUUAAAUAAUAGGGCAAAACUAAAACGGUAACAGGAGCACAUCAUAAGGAUUGACCAGCUCUGUCAGAGGGAGUCGGAAGGUUCUGCCAGGACAUGGUAGCUUAUGUUUGCGGGGGUUGGUUUAUUUUAUUUUGUUAGCCAGGAAAUCAGGAAAGGGUAAUUGAGCAGAAGAAACAUGUAAAAAAGCAGUGAGGGCCGGCCGAGUGGCACGAUGGUUAAGAGCUGGCUUGGGACGCCAGAGGGCCCCGGUUCAGAUCCCACAUAUGAGGGCCAGGGACACUGCCCUCUACAAAUAAAACAAAACAAAACAGUGAAAUGUAAAAAAGCUUAACCUGUUCAGAACCGAAGGAGUCAUACGCCAGACCAUAAGGGCCCCUCGGCCUGUGGAGGUUGGCUUUUUAUCCUGGAAGUUGUGAGAAGUCCCUGGAUAAUUGUAAGAUUUCAUCAGUUGGAUUUCAGGAAAGUCACCUAGUGGUGUAGAGGAAGGAUGGAAAGGAAGAGAAAUGGAAGGCAGGGAGCCGAGUCAGGGCCACUGUGAUUGUUCAGAGGAGAGACGAUGAGUGCCCAAACCAGUGCAGUGGCAGUGGGGAGGGGCAGACCCAGCUUCACGAGGAUGCCUUACGGCAGGCUCAGGAGGACUGGGACACUGGUGAGAGAUGCGAUGUGUCCAGGGUAUUGCCUGUUUCUGAUAAAGGUGAUUGAAGGAAUGGUGGAUAUGGAAACCGACUACUAUGAAGUGGUGGAGGCUUAGAGGAUGCAGAGAGGUGUGACCAGAUUAAGGUUAGGGGAGUAGUGUGGGACCAAAUGGUAAGUUUCAGAUGCAACAGAAGACCUGUGACUUCUUAAACUAGGGGGCUGCACCACAUCUUUUGGGGAAAGGCUGAAGAAUUCGAGUAUCCAUUCGCUCCUGUAAUGCUUAACUAAAUGCCAAACAACAUGCUAAGCAAAAAGCCAUGGUGCGUGCUUAGAAUAGACUAGGGAGGACUGAUAGGUAAAGAAGUCAUUACUUAGGGAAUCACGGGUAUUGGAGGUUAUGGAAGGCACCUAGUUAGGAAGUGAAAUCUAAGCUGGACCUGGAAGAGGAAGAGACAGACUGAAAAGGGAGGAAAACAGAGCACUAGGCACAAAAAAUAGUAAGUGCCAAGUCCCAGAGAAAGAUGCAACCAAGUGGCCCCAUCGGCGCUACUGGCUCAGAUGUUUGUAAGGAUGGCUGGAUAUUUUUAUUUUAGUUUUUGCAGGCUUGGCUUACGUGUGCACAAGUUUUGACUGUGAAUGUUUUCCUACAUUGUCUUUGUUAUGUGGUUGUACAUAUGCUAAAAACAUUCUAGACCAUGA